UAUUUUAGGUAUGUAAAUAAGAAUAAAAUUACAAAUUUACCCUUACUUUUAUUUUUUCCCGAUUAACUUAGAUUACUUUUAUUUUUUCCCAAUUAACUUAGAGAUAACUACUUUUAGAAAGAUGGACAAAAGUGUAAAAAACAAACAUCAUUUAUUCUCAUUACUUAAUCCUUAUGCCGAUCAAAGUUUGCAGUUCAAUUCGAGAUAUGGAGUAUAUUACCCCGUAUUAAUACAAUAAACACAUGGAGUACUUUUAUAGUAUUAUCUUAGAUCAAACUUCAAUUAUUGCGUUUUAAACCCUUGAUUGGAAAUUUUAUAUCCUCACCUCCGCCUGCCCUUCAGAAAAUAUACAAAUUAUAGCUGCAAUUAUAAUAUAAUAAUCCAGUACUGGACAAAAUUAAAGGGCUAUUACAGUAAAAAGGGAAAAAGACAGACGUGACGACCGACGUUCAACAUCGUUAUUAUUAGACACUGACGUAACAGCUGCGAGAGAGCUGAUACUUCACGGCGCUUCCGACCGCUAUACCGCCGUUUUUGGCGGAGUUGCCAAAGGGUAUGUAAGCCGGGCAGGUGACAUGGAGGUGGUACCGCCCCGUGACGAUAGUCCCGACUCUCCACUUGACGCGGCCGUUAAUCUUGAUGGUGAUCGAGAUGGCGCCGACAUCCUGGUCCUGACGGAGAUUGGGGCCGUUGAACGGCGCGAUGGGGACGUUGUUCCCGGAAAUAAACGGCGACCAGAGGUUCGUGUCCUUGUGGCCCUGGUAAACGGACGGGAUGACGGUGUAGUAGGUGAUCUGCUGGUCAUGGUAGGUGGCGUAGACGUCGAGGUUGUCGUAGUAGAUUCCGAUGCGGCGGUUGGGGUUGUGGGAGGAGACGGUGACCUGGAUGGUGGUGGAGAAGAUGUUGGGGGCGGAGACGUUGUAGUUGAAGAUGGUGGCGUCCUCGAGGAUGAAGUGGGGCUUCCUGGGCUGGAGAAUGGCCCAGAUGAGGAGGACGAGGAGGAGGACGACGAGGAUGAGACUGGCCAAACAGCCGCACAAUCUCUGGAUUGACUUCUGCCGCUGCUCGCCGUGGAUGUCGCACUCCUUGUGCGUCAUGGCCGGAUUACAAGGCGGGUAGAUCUCAGUUGUUUUUGGUCACCGGAAUUAGGCGGCAGCGGCGGAGAUGGAGGGAGCUAGGCGGAAGUGAGAUAAUUAGAGAGAAGGAAUGGUGGGUAUGGUGGAGAAUUGAAUGGAGGGCUGUAUGGAUGCAUAUCUAUAGGAAGGGCUCACUCUUUGUGGACCUUUUGUCCCCACUAUGCUGCUCACUUUUCUCUUCUCACAGUAACUCUUUUAUUGCUAAAAAAGAUGACAUUUUAUUCCUAAAUUUUCAUUUUCCUUUUCGUCUCAUAUGUAUGUACACUACAUUUUCAAAUUUAAAAUGUCAUUAUUUUAAUAUGAUAAUGUCAUUAUUCAUAUGAAAAG